GAGACAGCAUAUGUUCGUUUUAUAGGAAUUUGGGGAAUGGGCGGCAUAGGAAAGACAACCACUACUGAAGUUCUUUUUAGUCAAAUUUCUGAUGAAUUUGAUGUUUGCUACUUUCUAAGUAAUGUUAGGGAAAAUGCAGAAAAGCAUGAAUUACUGCAUUUACGACAAAAACUUUUUUCCAAACUUGUAGGGGACAAACAUUUAAGCAUACAAAUGCUCCAUGUGCUUCCCACUAUUGUUCUGGAUAUACUUAGAAGAAAGAAGGUUUUCAUUGUUCUUGAUGAUGUCAAUGAUUCAGAGCAGUUAGAAGCUUUAGCUGGAUAUCAUGGUUGGUAUGGUUCAGGAAGCAGAGUCAUAGUAACAAGCAGAGACAAAGAAGUACUUGUUGGUGGAGUUGAUCAAAUAUAUAAGGUUGAGGGAUUAAAUUAUUGUGAUGCUCUUCAAUUAUUGAGUGUGAAAGCCUUUAAACAAGAGCAUCCUCCAGAGGAGUUUAUGAAGUUAGCAGAAAGGGUGGUAAACUAUGAUAAAGGUGUUCCUUUAGCCCUAAAAGUUUUGGGUUCACAUCUAUGCAAAAGAUCUCCAAAGGAAUGGGAAAUUGUAUUGAAAGAACUAAAAAAAAUUCCGAUAUCCAAAAUUCAUAAAAUAUUAAAAAUAAGUUAUGAUUCGCUAGAGCAAACAGAAAAGGCUGUAUUUCUUGAUAUAGCAUGCUUUUUCAAGGGCCAAGAUAAAGACCGUGUAGAAGAUAUACUAGACGGAUGUGAUCUUACUCCAAGUUUGGGAAUAAUUCGUUUAGUGGAAAAGUGCCUCGUAAUUGUUGUUAAUAAGAAGUUAGAGAUGCAUGAUUUGAUACAAGAAAUGGGUCAACAUAUUGCUCGGCAUGAACAUAGUAGAUUAUGGGAAUUCACAAAAAUUUGUGAUAUCUUGGCAGCUAAGAAGGUGAACAAAGCAGUGGAAGGGAUAUGCUUGGAUACUUCUAAAAUGGGAAUGAUACGCUUGAAUUCUGCAACCUUCUCACAAAUGCCUAACUUAAGAUUACUCAAAUUUUUUAGGCAUUCAAAUAAAAAGGACUCGACUCCUGAAACCUUCAUACUUGAAUCUGCUAAAAAGAAUCAUCUGCAGCAUCUUCCUAGCAAGUUGAGUUUACUACAUUGGGAGGAAUAUCCUUACAGUUCUCUGCCUUUAUGUUUUUCCAUGGAGAACCUUGUUUUACUCAAUUUGGAGGAUAGCAAUGUUAAACGGCUUUGGCAUGGAGAUAAGUGUCCUCAAAAGUUGAAGUAUCUCUAUCUUUCUAGAUCGAAGAAACUAGCCACACUCCCAAAUCUCUCCUCGGCUGCAAACUUAGAGCAAGUAGAUCUUAAGGGGUGUGAGAGUUUGCUUGAGAUUCCCUCUUCAAUUCAGUUUCUCCACAAACUUACUUAUCUUAAUCUUGAUGACUGCAUAAAUCUAAGGAGUCUUCCCAGUCUCCUUCAUUUGAAAAAUCUGAAGUAACUUUCUCUGUCUUUCUGUAUAAAUUUGAAGAAAAUGUCAGAAAUUCCGAGUGGUAUUAAACAGUUAUAUCUAAUGUAUCGUGGACUGGAAGAAUGGUCCGCAUCUGUUCAAUCUUUUGACACUCUUAAAUGCAUGCGUAUCUCGAUGUGCAACAACCUUAGAAGCCUUCCAAGCUGUUUGCAUUUGACUUCUGUUGAGACACUUAAAC